AUGUUGAGCCCUGGCAUUUCGGUCAAGAGGCGCCACGGCGGCGUGGGGUUCGCGAUUGGCUGCGGCUGCAAGGACGCCAAGAGCGUGUCCGUUUCCGCCUCGCCGUCGCCGUCCGGCGCUGGUACGUCGACGACGACCGAGACGCGGCGCGGGGGCGGGAGGUCGACGAACCCGUCGGCGUCGACCACGACGGACACGCUGACCUCCGCUUCGUCGUCGUCCUUCGUCUGGGAGGACGCCGUGGCAGAGUUCGGUUGCAUCGACGACGGCGGCCCCUUCAAGAUGGACAGCUCGGCAGCAGCCACGCAGAGCUUCUCCGGCCUGCUCCGCGAGCUCAGCGAGCUGGAGCAGAGCGUCGCGUCGUGGGGCCGGAAGAGCCACAGCGGCAUCGACAAGAAACCCUCCACGCCGCCGCGGGAGGCCAGGAAGGUGACCACGAAGAGCGGCGGCGACUCGACGAAGGGCGCUAAAGCCUACCACCGCGCCGGUGACGUCGUCCAGGUGGCGGGGCUCGACGGCCGCGUGGAGGUGGGGCUGGACGGCAGCGUGGCGGUGGUGAAGCAGUCGGAGGACCCGCUGGGCGACUUUCGGCAGUCGAUGGUGCAGAUGAUCGUGGAGCACGGGAUGGUGGCCGGCGAGGAGCUGCGGGAGAUGCUCCGGCGCUUCCUCAACCUCAACGCGCCGCACCACCACGACGUCAUCCUCCGCGCCUUCGCGGAGAUCUGGGACGCCGUGUUCGCCGCCUCCGUCGACGACCCAGUCGUCCUCUCCACCGCAACCGCCACCGUCCCGACCCGCCGCGAGCCGUCUCCUGCAAGGCCGCCCGUGCCGAGGACCCCUCCGCGCCACCACCACUCGCCAUCGGCAUGGCGCGUGUAAACGUGCCACGUGAAUAUACUGCUACUCUUCGAUCUUAUCAUUUGAUUUGCCAUUCGAGCUAGUUGGCAGGGAAGGUAGCGUUGGAUUGGACUUACCACCAGUUCAUUCUUGUACGUGAGUGAGUUUGUGAUCUGUAUA